AGUGCUGAAACAGCAGAGCAGAGGUGCACACACGCUGACCACCACCAGGGGACGGUGGUGGCGACCGGGGCGGAGACGGGGAGAGGGCAUGAAAACAAAUAAACAGUUAUCACGCCUGGCUAUGCUACAGAGUGAUCAGGCGUGAUUUGAGCAUUAGUUGUGAUGAUGCUGCCGGUCAGCGGUGUCAGUGCUGAUUGCUGAUUAGUGACGAAAGCUCGUAUAAAUACUCCCGGCGCGGCGGUUCGGACCGACAGUCGAUCCACCCUGCUCCGCCGCUCAAGUUCAGUGACUUCCGCUACGGUCAGUGUGUUUUCUAGUUGACUCGACUACCCGCCAAUCACCAUGAUGGAGGUUGAUAUACCCCGGAACGAUCUCAAUUCCGAGAUCAUCAUUCGCACCAACGACAAAACCGUUUCCAGUGUCAUCCAACAGGAAUCCAUCGCCCAAGGAGAAAGACUCACCCUCUCUAGAGUUUCGUAUUUCGACAUUAACGGAUACAAAAGGUGUUGGGAAGGAGCCACAAGAAUAGCCAGAAGAGAUGGCAACAGGGUUGAUUCCGUUACAGUACUAGCUUUCUACAAAAGACUUCUGUACCAUGACUGUAUUAUCCUAGUGAAGAAAUUCAGACCAGCCCUAAAAACCUACACGAUAGAAAUGGUCUCAGGUUUAGUUCAAGAGAACGAAGGAGCAGGAGAAACAGCACUUAGGGAACUAUACGAACACACCAACCUGUUUGGAGCUGUCAAAACGAUAGGAACUCCAUUAUCCACAGACCCCAACUUCAGUAAUUGUAUGACUAGAUUCGUCACAGUUAAUGUUGAUGGAGACAAUCCCAUGAACAGGAAUCCAAAACAAAGUGAAGACCCAUUCAAAGAAACUAUUAUCAUUCCAGUCUCAGAAUUAAGAGCUAGACUUAUUGAAUUUGCCGCCGAUAACUACAUUGUAGAUUCAAGAUUAGAAGUUUUCGCAAUUGGAUCAGUAAUGGGAAAUGUUAGCAGAAAAUCAAAUAAAUUAGUCCCAACGUGUGUAUUAAAAUAAAUUAGUUUGUAAGGAAAUCGUGUUUCUCUGAUUUGCCUUUAUCCUUUCAAAUUAUAUUCUUUUUUCUAUAAUCCA